CAAUAAUAGUAAUCGUUCGCACACCACACAACUAACAGAUAGGAAUUUAUAGUUGUUCUUAGUCCGAUAAAGAAAAUGGGAGCACAAUAACCCGCAGAGAACUCAUUCAAUCUAUUCGAUAAAAGCGUUGCAAAACUAUCAAAAGUGAAAAUAGAUUUUUUAUAAAGCGACAGAAUAAUGUUUUCGGCAAGUGUUAUCAUAGUUUGUGUGCUUGUAACGUCCCAGGUAUAUGCUCUAGAAAAUGGUCUAGCUCGGACCCCGCCAAUGGGGUGGAUGACAUGGCAACGAUUUCGGUGUACCACAGAUUGUAAUAUAUUUCCGAAUGAUUGUAUAAGUGAAAAUUUAAUCAAACGCACAGUCGAUGCACUUGUUCGUGAUGGAUAUAGGGAUGCUGGAUACGAGUAUGUAAUUAUCGAUGACUGCUGGCCCGAAAUGGAACGCAGUAGUGAAGGUCUUCUUGUACCGGAUAAGAAUAGGUUUCCCAGUGGAAUGAAGGCAUUGAGUGAUUACAUUCAUGCAAGAGGAUUGAAAUUCGGAAUCUAUCAAGAUUAUGGCACUAAAACUUGUGCGGGAUAUCCGGGAAUCAUUGGGUACCAAGAAUUAGAUGCAAUUUUGUUUGCAAGCUGGGGAGUGGAUUAUGUUAAAUUAGACGGUUGUUAUUCUGAGCCAGAAUCAAUGGAUGAAGGCUACGUAAGUUUCGGGCAGCUUCUAAAUAAGACUGGUAGACCGAUGGUUUAUUCUUGCAGUUGGCCGGUUUAUCAAGAGGAAAAAGGAAUUGAACCAAAUUUUACAUUAAUCUCCGAACAUUGCAAUUUAUGGCGUAACUGGGACGAUAUCAAUGAUUCGUGGAGUUCAUUAGCUUCGAUUGCAGACUAUUUUGCUAAAAAUCAGGAACGAAUUCAACGUUUCGCAGGUCCCGGUCAUUGGAAUGAUCCGGAUAUGCUGUUGAUUGGCAAUUUUGGUUUGAGUCUGGAGCAAAGCAAAGUUCAAAUGUCAUUGUGGGCGAUACUAGCUGCCCCGCUACUAAUGUCUAAUGAUUUAGAUACGAUCCGACCAGAAUUUAAAGACAUUUUAUUGAACAGAGAAAUCUUGAGUAUUAAUCAGGAUCCGCUUGGAAUACAAGGAACGCGAGUCAAAGUCAUAGACAAUAUCGAGAUCUGGACGAGGCCCAUACUCCCUAGAACAGACAGUUCUCAUUCCUUUGCUGUGGCGUAUGUCAGCUUGCGAACAGAUGGAGCACCGCACAGGAUUCAAUUGAAUUUAGUUGACAUUGGACUAACUAACUUAGGCGGUUAUGUUGAGAUGGAUGUCUUUGAGGACACUGUUUCACCGACUGUCAAAUAUCCAGAAACCCUAUCAUCUGUAAUAGUGAAUCCAACUAGUUGCGUUCUCCAUAAAUUCGUAGCAUUGUAACUCUGGGUGUCGUAAUUUUAGUAUUAAAAACGUUUAUU